CUAUGAUCUUGUGCAAACUUCCGCCAGUGCUCAUAUCAAAAUGGUCGGACUACAGUUAUAACUUGAUCGCCGAAGGAAAGAUACCAAGAUGUGCAAGUACACCGGGAACCGGAGUCGCCGCCGGCGCCGUCGUCAUCGUCACCGCCGCCGGCCACGGAGACAUUGACGCACGUAGUUGAAAAUGAUCGGAAAGUGUUGCUUAAAGUUGUUCCUAUCAGUGUUCGCGGACCUAAUGGUAUAGUGUGUACUACUGCACUUCUCGAUGAUGGUUCCACAGUGUCGUUAAUGAGUAAUGAUAUCGUAAAGCGCCUAGGUCUGCGCGGCCGCCGCGAGACGUUACGCAUGAGCGGCGCUUGGAGUGAUAAUGUAUUAGUUUGUGAUUCUACUAUUGUAAAUGUAAGCCUUAUUAGUAGUGAUAAUAAGACUCAUAAUGUCAAAGUUCGUUGUGUAAAUGAAUUUAAUGUACCCCACCAAAAGUUGUCAAUUCUAGAUUGUAGUAAAUAUCCACAUUUGUUUGAUCUUAAAGAUAAAUUAUGUUGUUCCGAUUCAAAACCUGAAAUACUUAUUGGUCAAGAUAAUUACCAUUUGUUGUUACCUAUUAAAAUAAAGUUAGGGAAAUUAAAUGAGCCGUCAGCAACACUCACACCCCUAGGUUGGUGCGUGCAUGGAACAGUGCGCGUGCCGCAGGCCUCCCGUCCCGCCCGGGGCAGUACGGGCUCCCGCGGUGACGAGACCAUCUGUGCCGUGGACUGCGAGGGGGUAAGUGCUUCUGCUUCUUCUCAGGAGGAAAUCUUGCUACGCGAGAUUCAUGAGGAAGUUCGUCGGUCAUUUGCUGUUGAUGCUUUAGGUGUCUGCAGCAAACCACGCCAGAACUUGGAUGAAGUUCGAGCCAUCGCUCAGUUGGAGCGAUCUGCUGAGCUGGUUGAUGGGCGCUGGGUAAUUGGGCUCCCCUGGAAGGACGAAUCUCGUAUCAUGCCAGACUCACAUCCUAAUGCGUUAAAGAGACUUAAAGGUAUCGAAAGGAAAAUGAACAAGGAUUCCGGUUUCGCUGGAAGGUAUCGGGAACGUGUGGAUUAUUUAUUUAUUAACAAUUUUGCCAGGGAACUAAGGGAAAUAGGGGAAUCUUCACCAACGUGCAUUUGGUAUUUGUCUCAUUUUGGUGUAGAUAACCCAAAUAAGGAAAAGCUUCGGCUGGUCUUUGACGCUGCAGAUAAAAUAAAUGGUAAGUGUUUAAAUGAUUAUUUGCUCACGGGGCCAGAUCUGCUAUCAUCUCUGUAUGGAAUCAUGCUGCGCUUUAGGGAGAAUAAGAUUGCAGUUACAGGUGAUAUCAAGGACAUGUUUUUAAGGAUCAAAAUCCGUGAAGAAGACCAGCACGCGCUAAGAUUUCUGUGGAGAAAUAGCCCCACAGAAGAAGUUAAAACGUACGUAAUGACUUCGCUUAUUUUUGGAGCCAACUGCUCACCGUUUGUCGCUCAAUUUAUAAAAAAUAAGAAUGCGAUGCGUUAUGAGUCAUCGCAGCCGGCAGCUGUCAACGCGGUACUACAUUCGCACUAUAUGGAUGACUAUAUUGAUAGUUUACCCGAUGAAGCGAGCGCGAUCCGAAUUGUAAAAGAAAUAAGCGACAUACACAGAGCAGGUGGGUUCGAGAUGAGAAACUGGACCAGUAACAGCGUCGAGGUAUUAAACAGCUUACCUGAAGAUACAUUAGGUACUACUGCAGUGAGUUUUAAGGUAGGCCAACAAUAUGAAGGCGACAGGACGCUAGGGUUACUCUGGUAUCCUGCUGAAGAUAAUUUGGGUUUCGACGUGUCCUUUAAGAAAAUACCUGCUGACAUAAUUAAGGGUAAUAAACGACCCACAAAACGUGUAAUGUUAAAGGUAAUUAUGUCUAUUUUCGAUGUCCUGGGAUUUUUAUCUCCAUUUACAGUCCAAGGAAAAAUUAUGUUGCAAGACACAUGGCAACUAAAUAUAGGAUGGGAUGAUUUUGUUCCAGAUAUUAUUUUCCAUAAAUGGCAAAAAUGGAUUGACCUACUUACGGAGAUAAAUAAGGUGCGUAUACCUAGGUGUUAUCAUCACUCGAGCGGUCGCGCGCAAGAAAAGGACGGCGCAUCAGAACCUGUCCGUGCGAGCGAGACAGACAAGCACCGUCAGGUAACUACUGCGUGCCCCCACUCGUCCUUAUCGAGUGCUACGGCGGUGCCUACGCAGAUAGCUGUGAACAGCUACGAAUUCGUAGCGGAACCUACCAGUGCUACGAAAUGCGCUGCGAGUGCGCCGGGCUAUAGCAGCCUACAGUUACAUGUAUUUAGCGAUGCUUCUACUAAAGCGAUGUCAGCUGUCGCAUAUUGGCGCUGGAAUACUGACGGUAUUAUUCACGUUUCUAUUAUAAGUAGUAAGUGCCGAGUCAUGCCUGUCAAACCAUUAACGGUGCCACGGGCCGAACUGCAAGCAGCAUUGUUAGCUGCACGAUUAGCUAACACGAUCAUCAAGGAACAUAGGAUGAUGCCGGAACGUAGGUACUUUUGGUGUGAUUCCACUACGGUCAUUCAUUGGAUUCGCAACAACACUCGCACGUAUAAAACGUUUGAAGCGAACCGCUUGGGCGAAAUCGAUGAACUGACACAAGUAAGCGAGUGGAAUUAUAUACCUACGAAACUCAACAUAGCUGAUUUGGCUACUAGAGAAUAUUUUGAUCCGGCUUACUUAGGUGAGUGGUUUAACGGUCCUAUUUUUUUAUAUCAAGACGAAUGUUCGUGGCCACAGGACAACAUCGAAGCACACGCGAGUGAAUCGAGCGCCACUGUCGCAAUGGUGCAAGACGGUUCCGUUAUCUUACCUGUACCGGAUCCGAGGCGGUUUUCUUCAUGGCUACGACUGGUGAGGACUAUGGCCACGGUACUCAAGUUUAUAGACAGGUGUAAGGGUAUUCGCGGUGAGGUAGACUGCCACCGUAUGAAACAAGCUGAGCGGCUACUGCUGCAAUAUGCGCAGGGUGAGUCAUACGCCGAGGAGAUAGCUGCAAUAAAAGCUGGAAAGUCUUUAUCACGGAACAGUAAGUUACUUACCUUGACACCAUUUUUAGACGAGUACGGCCUACUUAGAGUAGGCGGCCGCAUCGAUGCCGCUGCAAAUGUGCCUCUGGAAGUAAAAAGGCCGAUUAUCCUUGACGGUAAGCAUCCUGUAGCGAGACUUAUUAUUCGUCACUACCACAUGAAGGCUUUCCACGGGAACCAGGAGACUGUUGUGAACGAACUGAAACAGAAAUAUUGGUUAGUAAGACUGAGACCUUCUGUUAAGUCUGUCGUGUCGAGGUGUAUGUUGUGCAGGAUGCGCCGAUGUAACCCGCAAGUUCCUCGCAUGGGAGACUUACCAAAGGCUCGCGUGGCUCAUCAUCAACGCCCUUUCACCUUUUGCGGUCUGGACCUAUUCGGGCCGAUGGAAGUUACUGUCUGCAGACGCAGAGAAAAACGGUAUGGUGUAUUAUUUACUUGCCUCACGGUGCGUGCUAUACAUAUUGAGAUAGUGCCCUCGCUUACAUCGGACUCGCUUAUUAUGGCGUUACGGCGUAUGGCGGCGCGCCGGGGCUGGCCGCGUCACCUAUAUUCGGAUAACGGAACUAACCUUCAAGGUGCUGACAAAGAGCUGCAGCGGUCACAACUGGAACUGGACGUAGAUGCCGUGAAAAGGGAAGGGGUAAAUAACGGUAUGCAUUGGACUUUUAUUCCUCCCGCUAGUCCCCAUUGGGGUGGGGCAUGGGAACGGUUGAUCCGAAGUGUCAAGACUUCACUUAGAGUAGUACUCAAUGAGCGUGCCCCUCGGGACGAGGUCUUGAGUACCAUGUUAACUGAAGUUGAGAAUAUGGUGAAUAGUCGUCCUCUGAUGCACGUUUCAGUUGAGCCAGGUAGUAUUGAGUCUCUUACUCCGAACCAUUUUCUUCUAGGAAGCUCGUCAAACUUACCUGACAUUGGAGUAUUCGAUGACUCUGACUUGUAUUUGCGUAAGCAAUGGCGUACAUCUCAGCGGUUAGCCGAUAUGUUUUGGCAACGGUGGGUCAAGGAAAUUCUACCUAGCCUGCUACCAAGAAGGAAAUGGCAGGAAGAACAGAAGCCGUUGCAGGUUGGGGACCUGGUUCUAGUUGUGGACCCUAAUUCUACUCGAAAUACGUGGCCGAAGGGUCUUAUCACCCGCGUAUUUCCCGGUAAGGAUGGUCGGGUCAGAAUGGUGGAAGUCAGGACUGGGUCUGGAACGUGGCGGCGGUCUGCGGCACGCGUCGCUCCCAUCGCUUUGGUUGAUGAGUGCUGUGACAGCACUGGGGUGGGGAGUGUUGGCGACGCGAUUUAAUAUUAUAAUAUUUUAGCUUUAAUUUUAGUCAUUUGAUAGUAGAUUGUAUAAACGUAGCACUAGCAACAUUUUAUAUUUUGAGUGGAAGGUAACUGCUCCUUUGUUAAAAAAGGCCAGCCAUCUUGGAUAAAAUUUUGUGCUGUCAGUCGGUCCGCAGAAGCCUUCCAGAGCGAACGCACGCCCCUUUCUGUUUUUAUGUCUCGCUACCUACCGUGUACCUUGUAAAGUAGGUACAGCAAUAAAUCGACAUUCUGUUACCCA